UGUUCCCUGGCCCGGCCGCGGGGCGGGCGGCUCUAGGGGGGAACUCAAGCGGAAUUUGAGGAAGAUGGAUGAGCGCGGAGGCAGGGCGACACCCCUUCCCCCUCCCCUGCCAUUUCCUCCCUCCUCGCCCGCCCGCCCGCCCUCUCUUGGCAGACAGCGCCAGCCAAGCGCCAGGGCGGCAGCGAGAGGAACGGCGCGGCGGCGGCUCCGUCGAAGGGCUCCGGCCGAGCGACCAGAGGCGGAAAGCGAGCCGCCGUGCCUCCACCGGGGCUGGAGCUCCGGGUCACUCUGGAGACUCUGGCGGGGGGUCAACCAAGCCGGUAAGUGCCGGCAGGGUCCGGGCCGCCGCCAUGCAGAGGCCAAGUAGCGGCCAAGGGGCCGCCUUCUCCAUCGAUUCUCUGAUCGGCCACUCGCCGCCCGCCCCGCGCUCCGGCCCGCUGCUCUACACCGGCUACCCGAUGUUUAUGCCCUACCGGCCGCUGGUGCUGCCCCACGGACCGCUGCAAGCCGCUACCGGGCUGCCCCCGCUGGCCCCGCUGGCUUCCUUUGCCGGCCGCCUCAGCAACUCCUUCUGCGCCAGCCUCGGCCAAGCCGUCCCGUCCAUGGUGGCUCUCACCACCGCCUUACCGAGCUUCGGGGAGCCCCCGGACGGCUUCUACCCGUCCCAGGAAUUGCCGGUCCCCGGGCGAAGCAGCACGGAGCCCCCCUGCCGCCGCCGCAGCGGGGCAGAAGAGCUGGAAAGAGGCGAGGUGUCUCCAGCCCGGGACAAAGGAGGCCCGGAGCCGCCGCUACACUUCCCGGAUCCCUUUCCCGGCCUGGCAGACGGCAAAGGCGCCUACAGCUCGGACGAAGAUAAGGCGGACGAGCGGGCGGGUGAGGCGGGCUGCGGCAGCGAGCAGGACAGCUCGGCGGAGGCGGAGAGCGAAGAGGAGUCGUUCUUGGAGGGUCCCGGCGGCGGCGGCGGCCCAGUGCCAGCCAAAGCCAAGGCUAAGCGGGGCGCGGGCGAGCAAGCGGCAGCGGCGGUUCCUCCUGCCGGGGCUGCUGCUGGUCCCUCCUCCUCGUCGUCAGGGGGCCCGGGCAAGAGCCGGCGGCGGCGCACCGCCUUCACCAGCGAGCAGCUACUAGAGCUGGAGAAGGAGUUCCACUGCAAGAAGUACCUGAGCCUGACGGAGCGCUCCCAGAUCGCCCACGCGCUCAAGCUCAGCGAGGUCCAGGUCAAGAUCUGGUUCCAGAACCGGCGCGCCAAGUGGAAGCGAAUCAAGGCGGGGAACGUCAGCGGCCGCUCGGGGGAGCCGGUCCGGAACCCCAAAAUCGUGGUGCCCAUCCCGGUCCACGUCAACCGCUUCGCCGUGCGCAGCCAACACCAGCAGCUUGAGCAGGCCCAGCGCCCCUGAAGGCCCGCCGCCUGUACAGCCCCCCCAACCCGCUUAUUUAUUCGUGUAAAGUCUGUACAUAAGGGGUUAACCCUAACCCCCUCCCACUUGUAUAUGAGCCUGCCCCCCCACGCCCCGACCCCCGUAUCCGUUCCGUGCAGUCGUGUAAUUGAUCAAUAAAUCUAUUUUGUAUGGACCCGC